GACGUCACAUGUCUCCGGACGCAUACCAACCCACUUGCAUCCAAACACUGGAGGGGGGGGUCAACAUACUUGUGAUCACAUACCCGGAAAAUGAUGGAAAGCAGAUCUAAGGACAUCUCUGGUUUCGCGUGUAAAAGUGCGGAAAACUGCGCCAUUUGCUUGGACAAAAUUCAGGGGAAGAAAACGUUAAAGUGCUUCCACUCGUUUUGCUCUGAGUGUAUCGACUCGGUGUUCAAGUUUAAACCCGCCUGUCCAAUAUGCAACACCUACUACGGAGAGUACCGGGGAAACCAGCCGAAGGGCACGAUGACGGUGACGCGCAGCUGGCAGCGCCUACCAGGCUACGAGCACUGCGGAUCCUUCGUGAUACAGUACAGUUUUCCGGCGGGGAUACAAGGGCCGGAGCACCCAAACCCUGGGGUGAAGUACAGCAGUACCUCUCGUACUGCCUUCCUGCCAGCCUGCGAGGAGGGUGAGAAGGUCCUGAAGCUGCUGAGGAAAGCCUUCGACAGGAGACUCAUCUUCACCAUCGGACGAUCUGUAACCACAGGUCUCAACAAUGUCAUCACCUGGAAUGACGUUCACCACAAGACCAACGUAGCAGGUGGUCCACAAUGCUUUGGUUAUCCAGAUCCAGACUAUUUAUUCAGAGUUCAAGAGGAGCUUCGUCUUAAAGGAGUGACAGAGGAAGACUGAUGGGUGAAGACAAUAAGAAAACAUCCAUCAAAUAGAUUUAAUACUAUGUAUUGUUGCAAAGUUUCUGAUUUCAAGUCUGCACUUUUGCAGCCCACAAGCAGGGAUCUUCAUCACUGACAAGAUAAGAUUUUUCUUUGAAGUGGAUACAUGGAAUUAUUAUAUUGAGGCAUGAAAGUUAGAGGCUUUACCCAAAGAUUUUUCAACAGAAAAUGCAAAAAAUACUUAAAAACAGUCUGUGCAGCAUGUAAUCCAAUAAACCAAAAAUGACAUUACAGUACAAUGAGUUAUACUACCGAUCAUCACGCUUCAAUAAUGCAAAUAUUUCUUUUUUUUUGUUGUAACACUUGAGUCUGGUGUCUAAAAGCAGACAGAGGGGACACAGCAGGUGGGAAUAGCAGUCUUCACUCAAUCAGGCAAACUAUUCCUCAGCACUAAAGUGAAAGGAACAGAAUAAAGACUUGACAGUACAAAAUAUGUACACUGUCUGACAAAGAGUGACGGCCAAGUGUUUCAUACAGGUACGUACAUAGACACUGGUGAUAUACCCUGAUGGUAACUGUCCACAGCUCUGCCGUUUUCAGCUGUUGGCUUUAACUGUAGCACAUGUAACUGGAAUGAGCCCAACAAUGUGUCAGUGCUGUUGUACAUUUCAAGCUUAAACUAUUGUAAUAAUAACAUAGAAUAAGUCCACUUUACUGUAGCUGAUGUUGGGUGCCUGCUUGGACAUGGUUAAGGAUAAUAAAUUCAGGUUUUGUCUGCACACUGAACCAAUGAGCUCCAUGUAGGAAACUCCUGCACCCAUAUGACAGUGUGGUUAACUUGCCGUUUGUGAAAUGGAUAGGUAAAGUGUCAUUAGGGAAAUGGGAGAUGAUGAUGUAUGUAGCAUCAUAUGAAGUCAUUAGUUAGUUUCUGGUCAGCAGUGCUUUGAGUAUGGUGAUAUUCUAUAUCUCUCUUGUUGUCGUCAAAUCCUGCGCAAAGGCCAAAACCAGCAAUGAAUUCAUCUCACUAGUGAGUGAUACCUAUAUAGCCAAGGCUUACAUAGGAUGUUACCACUCUGUGUUGUUUUGCAAAAACUAAUAAAAACACAUAAAUG